CGCAUAACUACAUUAAACAGGUCCAGGUUCAGGCGCUCAAUCCAAUCCGCAACUCGACUGGGGUGUAUGCUUCGGCGCGCCCAAGACGAAACGCGCCAGGGAGAGAUGACAUCAGGCGCGCACGCCGAUCACCUGGACAGGCGCGUCAGGUGUCACUCCCCCCCAAGGACGAGGUCGCGCGCGGUGGAGGAGGAGGUACAGCGAGGGGCAGGAGGGGGAUUGCGAGAGCGAGGGGGAGGUACAGCGGAGGGCAGGAGGAGGAUUGCGCGAGCGAGGGGGAGGGGGAGGUACAGCGAGGGGCAGGAGGGGGAUUGCGCGAGCGAGGGGCAGGGGGACGAGAAGGUGGCGGAGGGGCAUGAGGAGGUCGGAGGAGGGCCAAAAGGCGGCAGACGAGGAGCGGAAGGAGGACGUCAUGGUGGAGCAGGAGGGGGGGGAGGAGGAGGUGUUCGCGCGAGGGGAAGGGAGGUAGCACGAGGGGAGGAGGACGUCGCUCGAGCGGGAGAAGGAGGACGCGCCAGGGGGAGCAGGAGGGCGCGCGAGGGGGAGGAGGAAUCAAUCAAUCAAUCCAAAACGAGGUCGUACGAGGAGGACGAGGUCCUGCAAGGGGGAGGAGGAGGUCGCGCGAGGGGGAGGAGGACUUCAUCAAUCAAUCAAAAACGAGGUCGCACGAGGGGGAGGAGGAGGUCGCGCGAGGCGGCGGAGGAGGUCGCGGGAAAGGGUCGCGCGAGGAGGAGGAGGUCGCGGAAGGAGGUCGUGCAAGGGUGAGAAGGAGGUCGCGCAAGGGGGAGGAGGUCGUGUGCGGGGAAGAGGAGGUCGMGCGAGGGGGGGGAGGCGUUCGGGCUAUGGGGAGAAAGAGGUCGAUCAAGGGGCAGGAGGUCCUGCGAGGGGAGGGGAAGGGGGAAAUGGUGGCAGAGGGGCGAGAGGAGGUUGUGCGAGCGCGAGGGGGUGGAUGACAAAAAGGUGGCAGAGGAGGGGGGGGGGGGG